GAGACUGUGGAGGGAAGUGUGCAGGGCAGAGGCGUCCUCCGGGGUCCAGGAAUCCAGAGGCUGCGCCUGGGACUGCGUCUGGGAAGGGUUCCGGGCACUUUCAGCCCUUCUCUUCCUCUGAGGCUCAAGCCAGAAGCUCGGGCUGCUUGCUGAGUUGUGACACAGCCACGGAGCUGGUCCCCGAGGGAUCCCCUGCCCGUCUCCUCUCCGCUCCCCAGCAUGGAGGAAGGUGGCGAUUUUGACAACUACUACGGGGCAGAAAACCAGUCUGAGUGUGAGUACACAGACUGGAAGUCCUCGGGGGCCCUCAUCCCUGCCAUCUACAUGCUGGUCUUCCUCCUGGGCACCACGGGCAAUGGCCUGGUGCUCUGGACCGUGUUUCGGACCAGCCGGGAGAAGAGGCGCUCUGCCGACAUCUUCAUCGCCAGCCUGGCGGUGGCCGACCUCACCUUCGUGGUGACCCUGCCGCUCUGGGCCACCUACACGUACCGGGACUACGACUGGCCCUUCGGAGCCUUCUCCUGCAAGCUCAGUAGCUACCUCAUCUUCGUCAACAUGUACGCCAGCGUCUUCUGCCUCACCGGCCUCAGCUUCGACCGCUACCUGGCCAUCGUGAGACCGGUGGCCAACGCUCGGCUGAGGCUGCGCGUCAGCGGGGCUGUGGCCACGGCGGUGCUGUGGGUGCUGGCCGCCCUCCUGGCCAUGCCUGUCAUGGUGUUCCGUUCCACUGGGGAUCUGGAGAACAACACCAAGGUACAGUGCUACAUGGACUACUCCAUGGUGGCCACCUCGAGCUCGGAGUGGGCCUGGGAGGUGGGCCUGGGGGUCUCGUCCACGGCCGUGGGCUUCGUGGUGCCCUUCACCAUCAUGCUGACCUGCUACUUCUUCAUUGCACAAACCAUCGCCGGGCACUUCCGCAAGGAGCGCAUCGAGGGCCUGCGGAAGCGGCGCCGGCUGCUCAGCAUCAUCGUGGUGCUGGUGGUGACCUUUGCGCUGUGCUGGAUGCCUUACCACCUGGUCAAGACGCUCUACAUGCUGGGCAGCCUGCUGCACUGGCCCUGCGACUUCGACCUCUUCCUCAUGAAUGUCUUCCCCUACUGCACCUGCAUCAGCUACGUCAACAGCUGCCUCAACCCCUUCCUCUACGCCUUCUUCGAUCCCCGCUUCCGCCAGGCCUGCACCUCCAUGCUCUGCUGGGGCCACAGCAGGUGCGGGGGCACGUCCCACAGCAGCAGCGGGGAGAAGUCGGCCAGCUACUCUUCCGGGCACAGCCAGGGGCCUGGGCCCAACAUGGGCAAGGGCGGAGAGCAGACGCAGGAGAAAUCCAUCCCCUACAGCCAAGAGACCCUUGUGGUUGACUAGAGCUGGGAGCAGAGAGAAGCCUGGUGCCCUCGGCCUGCCCCGGCCUUUGCCCUUGCUCUCUGAGAAUCAGGCAGCGUGCUGCGCCUUGUGUGCUGCCCAUCACUCUUUCCCCUGCUCCCUGCUUCCUGUCUCGGUUUGGCCCUCCUCUGGCUCCUGUAUGCUCUCUCAGAGGUCUGGGGUGUAGUAGGAGGGGCUGAGGCCUGCAGGCCCUUGCUCCCUCAUUCAGUGUUCGAGAGGCUGACCUUGGACAAGUCUCGUUCGGAACCUCAGAUUCUCCGCUGGUAUAAAAUGAGGGGAAGUCGUAUUGACCCUGAAAUGCUGACGUGUGAGUCAUGGCUCUGUAAAAACUUGUUUCCUGCCCUCCACCUCCUUUUCUUAGAUCUCCAGCCCGCUUUGCUCUCUCCUUUCCGUUUGAUUUUUCUUUUCUCUCUGAAAUUUUUACACCCAAUCCUUUCUUUCUGGGCUCUCGUCCCUUCUCCCCCCAGUUCGUUUCCUCCUCUCAGCCCCUCAUCCCUCUCCCAUUUACUUCUCUAUGCUGAAAAGGCUCCUUAGAGUUAAGAAUCCUGAAACUUCCAAAGACAGACCUUGUCCAGGCUGUUUGUCCUGUUUUCUGAGAGCAGGUUAGGAAAGGAGCCGGGGCAGGAGUGAGUUGUGUAUCAGCAAAGACUUAACUGCUCCAGUCUCUGGAGCCAGGGGCUCCAGAACUUGCUCCAAAACUGGGAUCAGUUCACCGUGGGCUCACGCACUGAGCCAGAGUGAUUCCCAAAGAAUGUUCCCGAAGUGAGUCCUGCAGCCUCCUGGGGAGGCCAGCUCUGGCACUUCCUCAGGCCCUCUUCUUGCCUGUUUUCUGUAGGAAUUGGAAGGCAGUGGGCUGAGGAAGCUACAAACUCCUUGAUUUGAAUGGGGAGUUGGGAAGGGACACUAGAGAAAGAGAGGGUGGAGAGGUGUGAGAACCUACUGUGUGUGCUGCCUGGUUCCCUCCUCAAAUCCUCAUCCCUCCAGCCUCUCCGACAAUGGUGGGCUGCCCCCACCCCACCCCCAUCUCAUCUGUUGGAUGUUUAUCUUGGGCACUAGUGAUACUUGGUGCCAAGUGUCACUUUGGAUGGGUGGGGUGCUUGCUUUGUGUCUCUGUGAAUAUAUAUCUGUAUACAGAUGAGCGGAACAUGGAGAAUGAAUGAACUUGGACAUUUCUCCCUGCCACCCCUCACUCUGCACCGCAUCUCUGUCUUCACACAACGCCAUUAAGAGCAGAAGGGACAUACUGGGGCAACAUAAGUAUAAGAACAAGUCCACUCCCCACUGGACUUGGGGGGCUCUGACGGCUGGUCCGUGCUUCAAGGGAGAAGUCCAUAUGUGUGCCAGGCUCCCCAUAAGGAGCUGUCUGGGGACACCCAAGGCUUGGGGAUCCUACUGUGCUGGAUGCCUGUUCCUUCUCUAGUUCUCUGCUAUGAAAUAAUAAGCAUUCCCAUCUCUACUCUCACCUUUCCCAGGGUCAGGGGUCAUCUUGCUAAGAAACCAUUGCUUGUGAUGGGUGAAGGGCAAGGGGAGUGGGCUUUUUUUUCUCCCUGUGCUAUCAGAAUUGGACCUCCUGGCUCCUCCUGCUGGGUUGGGGGGCUGGGAACAGCGCCUGGAGCAGCUGUGGUGGGGGAGGGGACUGACAGUGUGAUGUCUACACUACCUUAGAGGCCUCGAGGACAAAUGAAUAGUGGGGCCUUGAUGAGCCCGUGGAAAGGGGUGUUUAUUCCGGGUUUUGUUCUUGGAGAACGGUGGAGAUGAAGGACAAGACAUGUGCGGCGGCGACAGGAAGAGCUCUGCUCGAUGGAAAUGGACAUCUUGACCAUCACUGGCGUGGAGCCAGCUCUGGGAGCAGGGGGAGGAGGAGGAGGAGGGCGUCUCCUCCCAGCUUGCUCUCCCUGUCUAGGCCAGAAUCUUUCACAGUCACGUUCUCUGCCCAGGGCUGUCCUGUAAGUGUGCAGCAAAGGUUGGAGAAGGCUUCUUGAAGGCACCUGCUGGGUGGCCCGCAGAGACUCCCAGCCGGAACCAAGUCACUUGCUGUCUGGGACAGAAGGCAGAGGAGGCUGCCUCGUGGCCCACUUGUCCUUUCUUGAGAAUGUGCUAUUCACUGAUCCUGUUAGUCACUGUGGUUCAUCAAAUA